AACCCGCCCAACGCGCCGGAGCUUCGCCCAAUAGAGAAAUAUUGGGCGAUUAUGAAGCAGGCCCUCCGGAAGAACCCAAAAGUUGUCAAAUCGGAGGCGGACUUCAAGAGAAAAUGGAUUUCUGUUCAAAAAAAACUACAACCUGACGUAGUACAGAACCUUAUGGACGGGGUAAAGAGGAAGGUGCGAGCAUACGGGCUUGGGCUCGAAGUAUGAAUAAAAAGAAAAUGCCAAAAGUUGUUUAAUAGUUUUUAUUUUACUGUCUAAAAUUUUCAAAAGGAUCGGUCUACUGGGCGAAAUUCUACAGCGUUUUUUCCGUGAUGCAAUUUGAUGAUACACACCCUUUACUAUCGGUGAAAGGAGAAUAAUUCAUUGUACGCAGUAACUCACAUGAGGUUGUAUGAAUAAAAACAAAACUCAGCUUUACUUUACUUGAAUCACGCAUUCGAGCAGUGACAUUAAGUAUUUACUACGUUUGGUAUGAAUAAAACUGGCAACUGAGUAUGAACUUUUCGAAAAUGGAAGCUUACUUGAUUUCGUAUGAAUAAAACAGCAUUUAUCAAGUAUUUACUUUGUUAUUAUCAAGUAUGCUCAUGAGCGUACUUUGCUUCUGAAAACUUUUUUGUUUAUCUUAUGCGAUUAAUAUUUAGUGCUGCUAUCUUACAUUUAAACAAGUGAAAAAUGUAUUAUGUUGCGCCAAAUAUUCCUUUUCCGCUCGUUUGUGACAUCGGUCCUUCAUUUGAGAAAAAUCGGGCUACCAAAACAUACAAAAUACGCAGAGAGGGAGAUGACGACAAUUUUAAGCAGUUGUACAGGUUUAGUCGCGAAAAUGUAGGUUUCUUAGCAAGAACCUUUCUACCCAACUAUGAGGAAACCAGAGGGGAAGCGUUUCAAAACAUGCAAAAAAUGAAAUGUUUCCUGCGUUAUGUGGGCGAUCCCGGAUUCCAGGUGGGAGUUGGUGAGGAUUUGGGUCUACACCAAACGACCGUUUGCAAAACUGUCUGGCAAACGUGUCGAGCGAUCGUUGAAAAAUCCCACGGAUGGAUCAAAAAGUACGAGUUCCCUUACUGCAUAGGGGCACUUGACUGCACUCAUGUGCUCAUAAAACGGCCACACCAUUUUGCCGAUGAAUUCGUCAAUCGUAAAGGAUUGACGUCAUUUAACGUUCAGGCAACGUGCAAUGGACGAGAAAUGUUCACGAGUGUGGAGUGUCGGUGGCCUGGUUCUGUCCACGAUGCCAGAAUAUGGAGAAAUUCCGCCAUUCGUGAAAUACUCUCCGACAACAACAGCGAUGCCGUUAUGCUAGCAGAUGAAGCAUACCCUAUAGCGCCUUGGCUAAUGACGCCAUUUAAAAACCCGUCAUCUGCAGAACAGAGGUCCUACAACAUUAUGCAUACUAGGGAAAGGGUGAUAAUCGAACGGGUAUUCGGACAAGCUAAACAACGAUUUCCCAUUUUGCAAUCAAAAAUCCGCAUAUCAACGGAAAGAGUCCCACAAAUGGUCGUUGCCUGCUUCGUGCUCCAUAAUGUGGCGAAGAUAAUGAAUGAUGAAGAUUUCACGUUGCCGGAAGAGUUACUUCAGCCAAACUAUGUACAGUUCAAUGGGGGAGUCGAUGAUGGCAACUCUAUUUGCCAUAGAGGACAACGUCGUCGAGAUGCAAUUGCGAUGCACAUUAAAAAUCAGUUAUAAUAUAAUAAAUAUUUUGCCUUUAAAACUUUAUUAAUUUAACUUUAAUUUAAAAAAUAUAUACAAAAAAAUAUAUACACUUUCAGAUGAUCAUGUUCUCUUUGAGUAUUUUGAUUUUCAGAACAGCAAUUUCCUUUUUCAGAACCAACAUUUCUUUUUGGUGUCGCUCUUCUUGGUUGGCUUAAAAUACAUCCGUAUAAUCUUGUUGCUUUUUCAGGAACAUAAGUUGCUCCUCACACACUGUUUGUUGUGUUCUGCCACGUGUCUUGAAUAUAAAAAAAGAAUUAAAAAACUAUAAAAGUUCUUUGAAGAACAAUUUUAGGAGAGAAAUGGGAAUAAAAAUACCAUUUUAACUGAGAGCGCAUGAAAAGUAAAAGUAGAAUUAAAAUAAAACACAUACCGAUUUUUGAUUUGUUUUUAGUGUUUGACACGCUUGACUGGGUGCCAGAAACUCGUUCUGCAAGCUGUUAUAAUCAUAACCAUCAGAAGAAUCAUGCUCCUCCUUCGGUGGAUCCUUCCCCAUUGCAAUAUUUUUGCUUCCUACUGCCAGACCAUCUGUAAAAGUUAUGAUAAAUGAUAACAUUUCAUAAGUUUCAAUAUAAUUGAAAUAAUUGAAUAAUUUUUAUUUACACGGAACGCUGAUGAUGCUGGGAUUGUCAACACCCCCCAGCAGUCCAUAAAACUUUUCCUGCGGUUGGUUGAGCACAAUUUUAACGUUCCCUGACACAUACCGAUUUUUGAUUUGUUUUCAGUGUUUGACACGCUUGACUGGGCGCCAGAAACUCGUUCUGCAAGCUGUUAUAAUCAUAAUCAUUGGAAGAAUCAUGCUCCUCCUUCGGUGGAUCCUUCCCCAUUGCAAUAUUUUUGCUUCCUACUGCCAGACCAUCUGUAAAAGUUAUGAUAAAUGAUAACAUUUCAUAACUUUCAAUAUAAUUGAAAUAAUUGAAUAAUUUUUACUUACACGGAACGCUGAUGAUGCUGGGAUUGUCAACACCCCCUAGCAGUCCAUAAAACUUUUCUUGCGGUUGGUUGAGCACAAUUUUAACGUUCCCUGUUUUUUUGGUAUCCGUUUUUGACGUGGGACUACGUCUAACCGGAGUAUAUGGGGGGUAAAAUGAAAACCUAAACAUAGAACAUGCAGGAAAAAAUGAAAGAUUCCGAAUGCUUAUAACUCGAACAUUUCUUACUGGAUCGGAAAGAUGUUUGCAUCAAUUGAUACGGAAUAUUUCUACGCUUCUAUCGCAAUUAAUAAAAUGUUAUUUCUCAUUAGAUAAACAAUUCAAUAACUGUAAAAUGUUAAGCGUUAUCUAAACGCCCUAACUACCUCGUUUUGAUUGGUCCGAUUUGCGUUUUCCCCAACACAGCCAUCAUAACCCAGCAGCCUAAGGGAAAUCGACAUUGAAAACACAUGAAAGUAUGGGGACUUUUGUUCGCACCGAAAUGUGUUCCCUAACACAGACUUCAAAACAAAAAAAGCGUUAGAGAAAUCAGCAUUGCAAAUACAUGAAAGUCGGGAGUAUUUUUGUUCCAACUGAAAUGUGUUUACCUAAUAAAGACUUCUGCACCAAGGUGUCUGGGGAAAUCGGCGUUGCAAAUACAUGCAAAUCGGGGUCAUUUUUGUUAUGACUGAAAUGUGUUUGCCUAACAUAGACAUCAAAACCAAGAUCAUCAUACCAAACGUAAAAGGACCGUCAUUAAAUUUACUUGUAACGAAGAACAUAAUCUAUUGCAUGAAUUGACCUUACAUGGUAUUAUACAAUCUUUUUACUCACAAAGCAAAUAUAUUGAAUUCAAUGGAAUUCGGAAAUUGUUUCAUUCAAUCAAAAUUUCAAUCAAUACAAACAAACGAUAAGGUAGUCCCACGUCAACCUUGCCUUAUAUCAAAGAUAUAACCUACCCAUUUUUCUUUAACAGCGGUCUUCAUGUUAGUGAUUUUCUUCAAUAUUUGUUCGCCAGAGAACUCCAAUCCACAUCGGAUGAACAACUGCUGUCGCAUCGCCGCCAACGCUAUUUUUUUCUUCUCCCGCACAGGUAGUGUUUGCGAUUUUGAAAGUAAAAUUUUUCCUACUUCCUCCAGUACAUCCACAAACACAGCAUACAUUUAUUCAUGAUUAGAUUGAUUCUUCCUCUUUCUUCCGCUACCGCUGCUGAUUGAUUUUUCGGCAGAUCCUUCGACUGUAAAUUUAUGAUUGGAAACUAGUAUUUUUAAACAACAAUUAAAAAACUCAACUUACCAUCAUCUACCAGAACAAUCUCUUCGAGUACCUCGAUGUUUUCGUGGCCAAAAAUCAUUGUUAUAGAUUUUUUUUUUCAAUGAAAGGAUUACAACACGGGCGAGAAAAGCGACGUUUUGAAACCAAACAAAAACAAUCAGUUGACAGAUGUUUGACAAAGUAAGAACUAUGUUCGAAUUCGAACAUACGUUAAAAUGAAAUUAGUAAAGUAAACUUUCAAUCAUACGGAUUCAAGUAAAUACUAGGAAAGUUUACUUUACUCGGAAACGGGCAGAAUAAGUAAAUACUUUUUUUUAUUCAUACGGCCUAUGGUGAGCUAACGCCCGAGAGAUUGCUCGUUACGUCGGGGACGAUAGCGAGUGGUUAGUCCAAUCGACAGAAAACAAAUCCAUUUUAAUCGUCAAAUUGUUAUCUGUGUAUAAUAUAUUCACUGUUCAUGUUUUAAGCAAAAAAAAAAUGCUGGAUAAAUGUCCUGUCUAAUGGUAUAUAACAUAUGCCGCAAUAACGAUUUUGGUUAAUAUGUGAUUGAAUAUUCUUAAUGAAUCGUUACAUUUUUCGUUGGGUGACCUCCCUAUAUAGAAAUCAAAGACAUAGUCCUAUGUCAAAAUUCUGAAAUAUUCAGAUUUUUCUGAAUUUAGUGAUCAAUUUGCCCCCGGUUUACGGUACCACUGUUUGUCAAUAGAUGGCUCCAGCUGUAAGUGCUGGUCGAUUUCGACAUAUUCAAAACGUCAUAAAUCAAGUCUAGACAUACGGUAAACAAACUGCUUUGACACAUCAUUGAUUCUGUUUUCGCGUCAUAUACUUUUGGUCGUGUGAAAAUGUCCGAAAAAAAUUGAUUUUGAAUUGGAUUUGAUUUUAGAAUAUUGAAGCUGCAGUAAAAACAUUAAAAACGAUGCCUUAAUAUCGUUUGAAACACUGAUUGUAAAGAACUCGUUUACAUUUCUUUAUCUGCUAAAGCAAUCCGCGUUGACGGCAUUGAGCUUCGUAUUACGAAAUGGGGAGUAGGCAUGACAAUAUGGGUUCGCAGAUGAAAUGAACACACUUUUAAAAUAAAAAUUAUGAAUGAAGAUCGAAGAUCUUUAUAAUUAUGAAUGAAGAUCGAAGAUCGAAGAUCUUUAUUUUUAACUUUAUAACAUCGAAGAUCAUUAUAACGUUUUUCUAUCUACAUGUAUCAAGUACAGUAACUUAGAUUUGCGACAUUCAGCUAAUUGGACAGACCUGUGAUGCGGCACGUUUAAAUGGGAAUUUUUACCUCUAAUUGGACAUUUUCGUAAACAUCGAGUUCGGGGCCCAAAUCAUGGCCCCACAUUAAAAGUCGCCACCAGACGUCGACACUGAGUGGUGCCUCAGCAUGUCGCAAUCAAAGUAAAUAACUGUAUAAGUGUACAGAAGCAUGGUAUGGCGUUUGCUCACUAAUUUGCCUCCCUUUUAUUAAUAUUCAGUUCGAUCAGGAAAUUUAUGUCAGUUUGGAUAAUGUUUAUGUAGGUGCUUCUAUCGAUAUGUUGAUCAAUGAAUAUUUGUCAGUAUGUAGAAUUUCACACAACGCCUAAGCUGACUUUAAGACCAAUUCGAUAAAGUUUUACAUUACACUCUGCAAUCAAGUUUUAAAACGUUUUCAUUUCAAUUAUCAUUCAAACUUCAACAUGGCGAUAAUUGAUCCAAUUAUUCUCCAAGAAAGGAAGCAUAUGUCAAUUGUUCCUCUUCUACAAUGUCUUCCAAUCGAUUGAUCGAACGAUCGAAUUGAUAUUGAGGAUAUUGAUAAUCAAUUUAGGGAUAUUCAAGACCUGGAUUUUACGGACCUCACUGUAAACAAACGUCAGUAAAUUGUUAUCCAAAAAGAGUAUGACCUUAAUUUUGCUUCUCCCAAAUUGAGAAAAAAUAUAUAUACAAUCCUGAUUCUGCAACAUUUUUCAGCAACCGUUGAGCGAUUGUUUUGAGCAUAUAUUUGAACAAAUCAAAACUAAGAAAUAGAUCAGGAACAAAAACUGUGCUAGGAAUUCUAGCUUUUGAAAAUCGUGUAGACAUUAAUAAUGUUGAAGAAAAAUAAAGCAACGUCCGGAUUAGUUAGAAUGAGACAAAAUGUAGAACAAAAGUAUAAUGUUGAAAUGAAUGAUCACGAACAGGAAAGUAAAAAAUGUUACUUAUUGACACUGUCACUGUAUAUCGUAAUUUUGAUUGCUAAGAUAAACAAAAAUUGACAAAUUCGAUUCUUCCAGCGUUUUACAGUUUUAUUUUCGAAUUUUUCCAGAUUUUCCGAAAAAUCUUUUUGACAUUGUCAUUGUAUAUCGUAAUUUUUAUUGCUAAGAUAAACAAAGACUGACAAAUUCGAUACUUCCAGCGUUUUACAGUUUUAUUUUCGAAUUUUUCCAGAUUUUCCAAAAAAAAUGUUGGCAUCUUUGAUUCUAAUUGAACGAACGUAAUGGCAAAGUAGUGCCAAAUUUCAUUCUAAUUCUCAUCGGAAUUAUGUGAAAGCAAGUGUGUCGAACACUUUCGGUGGUUUCCCCUGUUCCUCGUUCCAUCAAAGGGUAUCUUUUAAAUAUCGGGUUUUUCAAUAGGAGCGCUACAAAAGUGAAAAAAGCCCUCUUGAAUUUAUGAUUGUUAAUAACUACAUACUAUUGUGUAUGUUUGACAGCUGUGUACUUAAAAAAAACGAAAAAAAUUAAUUUCUCUUCAAGCGGGCUUCGACGUGUUUCUCUGCAUUAUUUCCAGCCGGGUGCUAUGAUUGGUGUUCAUUAGCAAAAUCUCAAGCAGAACUGUCAGUGGGAUACCCAAUUCAUGUGAAAACAAAGGGAAAAUGUCAGUGGGAUACUCGAUAUGUUGGCUCCUGUCAGUUCAAUAGAGGUUCUCUAAAGACGUCACCCAGGUGAUUAUUUCUGUAUGAUUUAUAUUGUUUGAAAACGUGUCAGAGUUGAUAAGUGCAGAUCGGACACACUACACCUUGUGCAAUAUUUUCUCAUACAAAUUCAAAAUUUUAUUACUUAGAUUGUUUUGGUUAUUGUUCUGAAUGAAAGGUAACAUUAUGUUCAUUUCAUCAUUUACAGCAUACGCGUCGGUAUUACACCGCCUUUAACUAAUUUGACCAGUCUCAAAGGUUUUUUUUUGCGUUCGCACCUCCAUCGGCAUUUUGUCCCAAAGUCGAAGGAUCAGGGACUUGAAGUGGGCAAAAGCAGACAUCUUUUGCAAGUUUAUCUUCGAUUGCAAUAAUGAGCAUACGGAGCGUUAAUUUUAGCACCUUUCUUAAUAAAAACAAGUGGUAGUUUGCCGUAAAUACAUCCCCCAAAGAUAACGAUUGGGCGAAAUUGGGGGACUUCAUUGUCACGAUACCACGGUAGCACUUCGACUGUAGUGGCAGCUUGCCAAAUAUGGCCAAAACUUCCCGGACCUCUGUUCAGUUUUUGUUUUUUAAGGGACCUUAACCCGAAUCGGACCUUUGUGAGCUUUCAUAAACGGAAAAAUACGUUUCUGCAGGCACUCUUCCCUAUACAUUUUAGAGUCCAUUGUCUUGAUUGUGACGAGAACCUUGGUUUUCUGUCCAUAACUGCAAGUCCCUUGCCAAAUCAAGAACUACCUGGUAAAUUUAUAAGCGCAAACGAAAUUAAAUUUGCUGGGGAUAUCUCCCCUGGUAGUAACCUUAUAGAUUCACAGGCCUCGGGGCUGUCCAAGAUCCAUCUUCACGUACGUUGCUUCAUCCAUCAGAAUGCAUCCUUCUUACUUCGUCAAAAACUUGUUGUACAACUUUCGAGCGCGUCUUCUGAUCUCUAGAUUUUGCUUUAGCGUUCUUUUUGGUUGCUUGUAGGCACGGAAAUUACUAUAACCUUCUCGUAUAUGGAUUCUUCGGAUGGUACUUUGGUUAGAGUUGUGUUUUUGGGCGAUGUCGUAGUCCUAGUAGAGUUACGGGUUUGUCUUGAUUGUUCACACCAUCUUACGAUCGUAAACUUCACUACAACGCGUUCUCUGAUUCAAACGGACGAAACGGAUCAAGGUGAAAUUUUCACUGUCAAAAGAUACAGGUUCUCCACACAAUUUGCUGUCAAAAGAUUUCAGAUACGCCUACUGCUAUAGAAUGAACAUUAAUGUCAUGUUAUUCCGGAUUCUAACUGAAUCAAUCCUUAUAUACAUAUUUUUUGUAAUGGAGGCUAUACAUUUCUCCCUUACAAUUUUCUAACAUUUUCGCAGUAUGAAAUAUAAUUUAUUUAUUUCAUACUGCGACAAUGUAUGUGAGAAAGGUAAAGUUUGCCCUCAUAACAAAAAAAAAAAAUGAUACAAGGUUUGAUCACGAGCGAACAAUGUUUGGUUAGCUACAAAUCCCAUGCGAUGCUGGGUCAUAUCUUGAUAAAUAGGUUACGAAAACGCUGUUUAAUAUUUUUAGACCAUUUUUGUUUCAUUCAGGAGAGAUUUGAAGAUCAAAUUACAAUUGAAUGAAACUGACAGAGGUGGGCCAACCAAUGUGAGGGAGGAUCUUUUACACUAUGUAAUGCUUCCAAUAUAUGAUAAAUCUCAUAAACUUGAAAUUACUAUUUUUCUUUCUACUUUUUCUAUUUUUCUACUACUAUUAUUAUUGACCCGAAGAUGAUCAGGAAAUUUUAUGUAAAUAAGUGAAUCUCCCAGUCCUACCGAUUAUUUAUUGUCCCUCCCAUUGACGAUUU